AUGACCCAGAUUGCUCCCCUGUCGCCUGUUGUGACGAGCAGCCCCAGGACUGCCUCUGCCUCUGAGCAGCAACCACGCGUCUACGACCCCAUGGACGAGUUCUUUGGGUACCGAUUCACCUCUUCCGCGACCCACGAAAGUCGCCACGACCGCACUGGCAGCGUCGUUCUCGACGCCGAGGCACUCCCAGCAUACGCUGAGGAAGACGACAGCCUCCCCAAAUACACCCCAUACGACGAGCCUGCCACGCUCGCUAUGUACCUCUUCAAAUUUGGUUUCUUGUUCCCACUCUUCUGGAUCUUCGGAGCCUUCAUCCUCGUCUCCCCUCUCCGAGAGCCACCCUCGAACGAAGCAUCCCCUUCUUGGAUGCCAGAAAAGACCGAGGCUGAACGCCAAGCGUUCAUUGCUCACAUGCGAAAAGCCGAGCUCAAAUGGGCACGCCGAUGCCUAUGGGCAAUCCUCAUCCUCGCCACGCUCGCCACCGUUGCUGGUCUCGCAGUAUGGACCAUCUUGCGCAGACAUUAA